GAGUGCCAUGUGUGGCGUGUCUGCGCUGUGAGGUGACUCCUGUCCUGCAGGAGCUGGAGAGCGACUCUGCUAGAGUUAGUCUGUGAUGUGACAAGUGAAGACAGGAAUGACACAAGUGGAAAGCAGCCCGCUCUGAAGAGAAGAGAAGCAGAGACACGUGCAAGGUAUUCUGAGGCGCUGCAGAGCCGCAGCCCCUCGGCCAGCUCCAGACCCUGCGUAGGACCAGGACCACGCUGGACGAAGUUGGGGCCAAAGCUGGGCCAAGAUGGCGUCUGUGUUUCGAAGCGAGGAGAUGUGUCUGUCACAACUCUUCCUCCAGGUGGAGGCUGCAUACUGCUGUGUGGCCGAGCUGGGGGAGCUUGGAUUGGUUCAGUUCAAAGAUUUAAACGUGAACGUGAACAGCUUCCAAAGGAAAUUCGUGAAUGAAGUCCGAAGGUGUGAGUCACUGGAGAGAAUCCUCCGUUUUCUGGAAGAUGAGAUGAAAAAUGAGGUUGUUAUUCAAUUUCCUGAGAAGUACCCAGCCACGCCUCUCCCCCGGGAAAUGAUUACCCUGGAGAUGGCUCUAGAAAAACUAGAAGGAGAGUUACAGGAAGCCAACCAGAACCAGCAGGCUUUGAAGAAAAGCUUCCUUGAACUGACGGAACUCAAAUAUCUCCUGAAGAAAACUCAGGAUUUCUUUGAGACGGAAACCAACUUAGCUGAUGAUUUCUUCACUGAAGACACCUCCGGUCUCCUGGAAUUGAGGACUGUGCCUGCCUACAUGACUGGAAAGCUGGGGUUCACAGCUGGUGUGAUAAACAGGGAGAGGAUGGCCUCCUUUGAGAGGUUGCUGUGGCGCGUUUGCCGAGGAAACAUCUACUUGAAGUUCAGUGAGAUGGAUACACCCCUGGAGGAUCCUGUCACGAAAGAAGAGCUUAAGAAGAAUAUAUUCAUCAUAUUUUAUCAAGGAGAGCAGCUCAGGAAGAAAAUUGAGAAGAUCUGUGAUGGGUUUCGAGCCACCAUAUACCCCUGCCCAGAGGCUGCGGCCGAGCGCAGAGAGAUGUUGGCCGGUGUCAACGUGAGGCUGGAGGAUUUAAUCACGGUCAUUACACAAACAGAUUCUCACCGUCAGCACCUGCUGCAGGAAGCGGCUGCCAACUGGCACUCCUGGGUCAUCAAAGUGCAGAAGAUGAAGGCCAUUUACCACAUCCUAAACAUGUGCAACAUCGACGUCACCCAGCAGUGCGUCAUCGCGGAGAUCUGGUUCCCAGUGGCAGACACUGGGCGCAUCAAGAGGGCGUUAGAGCAAGGCGUGGAACUGAGUGGGUCUUCCAUGGUCCCUAUCAUGACCACAGUGCAGCCUAAAACAGACCCUCCUACAUUCAACAGGACCAACAAAUUCACUGCUGGCUUCCAGAACAUUGUCGAUGCCUAUGGCGUAGGCAGCUACCGGGAGAUAAACCCAGCUCCCUAUACCAUCAUCACUUUCCCCUUCCUGUUCGCUGUGAUGUUUGGUGACUGUGGUCAUGGAAUCGUCAUGUUCCUGGCAGCCCUGUGGAUGGUUCUUAACGAGAAAAACUUGCUUGCCCAGAAGUCAACCAAUGAGAUUUGGAACACCUUCUUCCAUGGACGCUACCUGAUCCUACUUAUGGGUAUCUUCUCCAUCUACACGGGCUUGAUCUACAAUGACUGCUUCUCCAAGUCUCUCAACAUCUUUGGCUCUUCGUGGAGUGUCCAACCCAUGUUCAGAAAUGGCACAUGGAAUACUCAGGUAAUGCAGACAAAUACGUUGUUACAACUGGACCCAGCCAUGCCAGGAGUGUAUUCUGGAAAUCCAUACCCAUUUGGAAUUGAUCCGAUUUGGAACUUGGCUUCAAAUAAACUCACAUUUUUGAACUCCUACAAGAUGAAGAUGUCGGUGAUCCUGGGAAUUGUCCAGAUGGUUUUCGGUGUCAUUCUCAGCCUUUUCAACCACGUACACUUCAGAAAACCUCUCAACAUCAUUCUGCAAUUCAUCCCGGAGAUGAUUUUUAUCCUGUGUCUGUUUGGAUACCUGGUUUUCAUGAUCAUCUUCAAGUGGUGCCAAUUUGAUGUCCACGUGUCCCAGCACGCCCCGAGCAUCCUCAUCCACUUUAUCAACAUGUUUAUGUUUAACUACAACGACCCUUCUAACGCGCCCCUGUACAAACACCAGCAAGAAGUGCAAAGCUUCUUUGUUGUUAUGGCUUUGAUUUCUGUGCCGUGGAUGCUUCUGAUUAAGCCGUUCAUUCUUAGAGCCAAUCAUCGGAAAUCUCAGCUACAGUCAUCCAUGGCCCAGAUUGACGCCAGAGAGGACACUGAAGGUGACAACUCCAGCCCUUCCACCAGUUCUGGUCAGAAGACUUCUGCAGGUGUCCAUGGAGCUGAAGAUGACCAUGAGGGAGAGUUCAACUUUGGGGACGUCUUUGUCCACCAGGCCAUCCACACCAUUGAGUACUGCCUGGGCUGCAUCUCCAACACGGCCUCAUACCUUCGGCUCUGGGCCCUCAGCCUGGCUCAUGCACAACUGUCUGAAGUGCUCUGGACCAUGGUGAUGAACAUGGGCCUUUCCCUGCGAGGCUGGGCAGGACUCAUUGGGGUGUUCAUCAUUUUUGCUGUGUUUGCUGUUCUGACAGUAGCCAUCCUUCUUAUCAUGGAGGGUCUCUCUGCUUUCCUGCACGCCCUGAGACUGCACUGGGUGGAGUUCCAGAACAAGUUCUAUGCUGGAGCUGGUUACAAGUUUUCUCCGUUCUCCUUUAAAAGCAUCCUGGAAGGGACAUCGGAGGAGUAGGCUGCAAGUCUGCACCCCCGUGCCUGUCUCUGCCAGAAAAGAAGUCCAGUCUCAUUUGUGAUGUCAGCCCUUGCAUGGCAUCCGCCGGAAUGAUUGUUCUUGGCGACCCUGAAGCAUGAAGCUAUGUAGUACUUGGUUAUGAGCCAUGGGGUUUGGUAUGACCUAACCGCAUCGUAGAGGAACGACUUUGACAAGUUAUUUUAACUGUCAAAUAAACUGUGGGGUCUUAAUCACACAUGAUAAAACGAUUGAGAAAUGAGGGGAAAGUGCUAGCCAAACUGAUGUCUUCUUGCUAUUUUAAGUAUUAUAUUGAAGAAAAUAAACGUUUAGACCUAUCACUUUUUCUUUUCUUAUUUUUUUAGUUGCCAGAGGGUGAGCAUGCUCACCAGA